AUGAAUAAUUAUGACUUGAUAGAGGUGAUCGGUGAGGGCACCUACGGCAUCGUUUACAAAUGCCGAGACAGACGAACGAAUCGCAUUGUCGCGGUGAAGCAGUUCAAGAACUUUCAGAUCAAUCCUUACAUUCGAUGUACGAUGCUGCGUGAGCUGCGGGUGGAGCAGCUCCUGAAAGGGGAGCCCAACGUGACGCAGUUGCUAGAGACCUUCAAGCAAAAGAACCGACUGUACUUGGUGAUGGAGUACAUCCCACGCAGCCUGCUCGACGUGCUGGAGGAGCACACUUCCGGCCUGUCGGAGGAGAGCUUGAACGUUCUUCUUUAUACCCUGCUCCUCGGUAUCCGGUCAUGCCACCGCAAUGGCAUCAUCCACCGCGACAUCAAACCGGAGAACAUUCUGGUGCGAGACGACGGCGCAGCGUCGCUCUGCGACUUCGGCUUUUGUCGGCCAGUGCUGCAGCCGGCGGCAUCUUCGCCGUCGGCAUCGAAUUCGGUCCAAGGCGACGGCGGCGAUCCCCGCAAGGCGUCUUGCAGCUCUGGACUGACCUCGUCGUCCUCGCCAACCACGCGUGCGUCCACCCUUGCCUACCCGCCCGCCUCCGCCGCCACGGUCGCCUCCGCGUUCUUAAACGAGCUCGUCCUGGCGGACCAUCGCGGCGUUAUGACGGAUUAUGUGGCGACGCGGUGGUACCGCAGCCCGGAGAUGCUGCUCGGGAUGCCGAGUUACAGCUACGCGGUGGAUAUGUGGGCUGUCGGCGUCAUCAUGGCCGAGGCCAUCGACGGCGAGCCGCUCCUCCCAGGCAAGACGGAGUUGGAGCAGCUGGCGCUGAUCCAAUCCCGCGUCGGCGAGUUCCCGGCGGCGUACGAGGCGGCGGUGCGAAAACGCCACGGCGGCAUGUUGCACCUGCGGUCGGCCAACGCGCUCGCCAAGUCGCAGGCAACCGCACGCGUGAAGCUGAGCCGCGGGGACGGCGAGCAAAGCAGCGACGCGAAUGAAGACGGCUGCACCAUCAGCAGCUACCUCAGCAUGCGCUACGGUGGCCGGAUCAAGAAGACCGGGAUGCAUCUGCUCGCACAGCUCUUGUGCGUCGACGCCGACGGCCGUCCCACGGUGGAGGAGGCCUUGGCACAUCCGUACUUCGAUUCGCUUCAACACGAUGUGCGCUUCGCCCCCCACGACGCUUCAGAGACGGAGCAAAACACUGAAAUCUCAAGCGACGAGGACGACGGCGUGGAGCGGGGAGCGACGACACCGACCCUUACUCGACCGACAACGAGCUCCACGGCUGACGUCACCGCCUCGGCCGAGCCGUUGCCGCCGCUGUCACCGCCGAUGAUGCCACCCGUUUCAACCGCCGGCAAUCGCGGCAGUUUUGCGAGAACUGCGGUCGAAACAAAUAGUAAUGGGAACAGCCGUGUUGCUCAGCACGCGGAGCUCGGCAAGAACACCGGUCGACCGCCUCGUGCUGUCGACGUGGAGGCACACGCAAGCAACGCGGCAAGCAGGAUUGUGACGGAGUUUUCGAUGGAUGUUUCGCUGCCUACCGCGAACUCCGGCUCGAUGUGGCAGUCCGCCACCGGCUCGCCGAGGUUGGCGACGCUGCUGCAGCUUCCCGGUCCUCCGCUUCCGUCGCUCGACGGAAAAGACGCGUCCACCGUCGCCGUGUCGGUGGCGGAUGAACUAAAAGCGGGGAGGGAGGACGACGCCCGCGAGAGCAACGCCGACGACAAUUCCCCUCAACCGCGUCCGGUGGUGCAGCAAUCCAUUCCAGAGAUGAACCUUCCACAGCAACGACACGCCGCGAGCGAAGGGGCAAGCGGAUCCGCAGCCACCAAAGUCACCAACGCCUUCGCGCAAGGUGGUAGCAGUCACGUGUCGACGCUGCUCUUCAAGGCGAGAAAAGGCCGGGCUGUCGCGGAGUCGAUGCUGACCCGCCGUCGAUCCACGCAAAGCGAGGAAAGCGCAGACGGUAGUGGCACCAGUGGCGCGUCCUUUAGUGCCCGCUGUACCCACUCCCCCACCGCCGCCACCGCAGCGCUCGGCAGCAGUACUCUCGCGCCAUUGCUGAGGCGUCGCAGCGGCGAGGACAGGACACCAACGUUGUCGAACGAUGCGGAGGUGGAAAGGGCAAAACCGGGAUCGCGUCGCGGCUCUACCUCCUUGCAUUUUUCCCCAACCGCCUCCAAGCUUCACCUAGCGAGCGCAGCGAAUAAGAGCAAAAUGCAUGCCGUGGCACAGACCGAUAACACCGGUUUUGUCAAGAUAGGUGUGGGUCCUGGCAGGGAGGCAGAGGAGACGUUCCUGUGGCGGAGUGCGCUGAACAACGGCGGCGACAGGCAGACAGUGGCGAAGGAGUCCCUGCACAAGCGCACGGACAACUCCACCACGCGUCGUGCUCAGCAGAACAAGCAAGACCAAGCAUCGAGGAAAGCCAACAGAGACCCAAGGAAGCCGCCGCGACCGGGUCUUCUUCCACAACACACGCCGUCGACCUCACGGGACGAAUCGGUGACGAACAGAACGGCGCACGCGUCCCGUGCAGAUCAGCAUCACACGGCUUCCGAAGCAACGAAACUUGCCGUCGCCGCUGCCACGGGGCGGCCCUCCACGAAACAACAAGACACCUCACAGUCACGUCGCCGGGCGCAGCAUCGUUCACUAGCAGCAGCAGCCGCCGCGCUGGUGUCUGCGCGCAACCCAUCUGACAAGCAGACACAGCACAAGCACCCCGCUCAUCGUCAGGUGCUUGUUGACGGUUCGACGGGGACGAACGCAACACCAAAGGGCCGUAAAAAGCCUCCGUUUGCUGCAGCGGACAAGUCACGCUUCGCUUCUCCCAAGCUACCCCGCGUUGUAAAACCCCUGCAGCCGCGCGAGCGCAUGACUCUCCUAAAAGAAAUUGAGAGCCUGGACGGCCCCGUCGAGGCACCAAGCGCUGUAGAAGUUAUGGUGCCCGCGCGCUCCUCGACGUCUGCAAAAGCGGAUGACCAGGCAUCGGCCGAGGAUGAGGCGGAAACGGGCGAGGAGGAACAGGACAGCGUCAGCCAUAAGGUGGACUCCUCGACGUCGACAUCUGCGCUUGACGCCAUGGGGCUGCCAAGGGACGCUGGCGUGUCGCAGCUGACGGUGGACGACGACGACAGCGACGACGAGCUUGUGGUGGAGGACCUCGACAGCGGAAACGUAUCUCGUUCACCGCUGCUGUCCGAUGCAUCCAGCCUUGGGGACUCCCCGGCGAUGCCGCCUCCCGUCCUGGCGGCUUUUCCUGUCAGUGAUGAGGCCUUCUCUGCUGUUACGGCUGCGGUUGAUUCUCGCCCAUCAGCACCAACCGCGGCAGCAGCGCAGAGUCUACCGCCACGAGCGGAUUUUGACUUCCCCACCGCCGCCGCCACGGCCAAAGGCGGCACCAACUCCCUUUCUCAUCGCGCGCCGCCCAGUCUGUACUUCCGCUCCACUCGCAACGCAUCAACACCGUUAAAGCUGGCGGCGCUUCACAUGACCCAAGGAAGCUCCUCCUCGCAGCCGUCCGUUGGUGGGUUCGAGGGGGCGGGCACGUUAACAGAGGGCACGUCGUCGUCGUUCUCCCAACAAGGGUCUGUGCCAGGGACAGUCGCAGCAGCAGCAGCAGCGGCGGCGUCGGCGCCGUCUCAUUUCUCCUGCGCCUCCUUUUCAUUUUCCUCUGGCCGGCGGCCGACCCCUACCCUGCUGCGUCAUGUGCCACCAAACGUGAGCAUCUCGCAGCCAUCAACGCCCUCCUUCCCAAUGGAUCCACCGAGCGGAGUCCACGGAGGAGGAGGGUCAGGGGGAGGAAAGGGAAAGAGCGCAUUGCAGCCUCUAAGCAUCAGCACCGCUCCCAAUUCUGGCACCUCGCGCACCCCACACGGCGACUCCCCGCGCCUUCCUGUGGCGUCCUCUUCUCUGCCUGUUCACAAAAUCAGCGCCGGCUACCUUUCUGAAAGGCCAUCAGAGGUGCAGCCGGUGGAGAACAACUCUACACCUGCUGACGUGCGUGCGGCCAACGUCCCGCACCAGCGCCGCCUUUCCACCACAUCGAUGAGCCUCUCAGUCAGCGGCGACUUGACCCACGCGGGUUUCUUACCGCUGAGCCGGUGCAGUCAAGAGCGGACGUCGCAGCAGCUUCCAAGGAUGACCGCAGUGGCUGUCUCAACGCCGCCCACCCCCACCACCAACGUGGAGGAGGUGGAGACGGAGGUGCUCGUGGAGACGCCCCGCGCCUCCCCGCAAAACCUUCCCCAGGAAACGCAAAGGCAGGCGGACAGCCCCCACGUGCCCACGUCGUCUUCGCGGGGUAGCGGCACCACCGCAGCAAUGUCGGGCUGCACCGCGAGUGAGGUUUCCACCAUCACGCCGCAGCGCUCCGUCAGCGACGACACCACCGCAUCGUCAGCACCGCGGUGGGGGAGUCGUACGCGCGGGGCCGUCUCCGCCGCCAAAUUGCUGGGCACGCGCGACGCCGGCGCCAACACAACGCCCCUCACGAGUGGACAGCGCAACCCCAAACGCGCGGGCGACGAGGUGGGCGAUGAACUGCAGGAAAGGACACAGACCACUCCCUUUCUGUUGCCGUUCUCCAGCGACAGCGGGGAGCCGCCGAGUGAGACACAGCUUCCCGCGCUGCAUCCACCACAGCCGGUGUUGGGCGGUGUGUCGGUGAACGUAGACUCGUCGAAGACCGGGCCCAGUCUGCAUACCGCCUCUAGCAGCAAGAAGAACCGCCUCAUCCUCUAG